UAUUUUUCUUCACAAAUGGCCGCCAUUUGUCCCAAGAAACAUCAAAUUAAAAACCAAUUUCCUUCCAUUUCAGUUUUUUAAUUAAUUUUUUAAGUUUCAAAACUUAUACAAAACAAUAAAUAAUUACAAAAAUAUUAUAAAGCAUUAUACUCCUAACAACUAACCAAGGAUACUCUCUCGUUGUUGAUUUAAGAUAAAUUAUUAUCUUUUUGUCAAGAAUCGCGUUCGUUUUCGUCCGAGAAAUUUGAAGUGGGACACACAAAAAGCUUGAACGAACAUUUGGCUACCAAACAAGUCCCCGAGGAAAAGUUCCUCUCUGACUCAAGCAAUCGUCCGUCGCGGAACAUCGCCGCCGUCGAAGAAAAGACUUUCUCUGUUAAGCCCGUGUUUUGACCUCGCGGAGGAGCGGGGGAGAAAUAAUGUCAAUGUCUAGGCGACGGGACAUUAACCCAAAACUACGGAUGGAUAGGCAACCCGCUAUUACCAGAAUAACAGAUCCAAGUUUGCCAGCUGGAAAACGUCGUGAAAUCGAUAACGUUAUGAAGAAAGCACGAGCCAACACCAACGACUACUGGGAUAAGAAGCUACUCGAGGUGGAGGAGAAGGACCCUAAUCGCUGGCGACACACUGGGUAUAAAAAAAUGUACAUUCAAGGCGAAAGCAGCUCGGGCGAAAGUGAUCGCGAGGGUAAUUUUCGUUAUAAUGCUGGCGGUGCUGGUCCAAGCGGAAAUACUGGUGGUGGUGGCGGUAAUGGAGCAGGAAGUGGCCCAUCGGGAUUAAACGGGCGUGUUGGUGGCCCUGGCAUGUACCAUCGUCAAUCGCGUUCGCCUCGCAGUCGUAGUCGAUCGCGUUUACGUAAAUCACCACCAUUGUCGCCGCAAAUGCGUCGUCGUUCGCCAAUUGAUCACGGAGGCCGUCGUAUGUCACCGCCGCCAAUGGAUCGUCGUCCGAGGUCUCCGGAACAGGGAAGGAGAAUUAUGCCGCCGCGUUCACCUCCCGAUAUGGUCGGUCGUGGUAGGCCUGGUGGUCCGCGUCCUCGGUCACCUCCGGAGCCGUUGAAUAAUGCGCGCCGAGGUAAAUCUCCGCCGCGUUCGCCUAUGGUUCGUCGUCGUUCGCCAGGUGGUAUGCCUCCGGCAAGGCGUCACUCUCCGGUGGCUGGCACGUCAAUGCCGCCAAAUAAACGCAGUCAGAUAUUGCCGCGGUCAAAGAGACCACCGUCGCCUCCUCCGAGGAAUUCAUGUCGUUCGCGAUCAAAUAGCUCGGUAAGCAGUUGCUCGGAUGAUUCAUGUUCGGUUUGUUCACCAAAACACCAUCGUCAGUAUUCGAGAUCGACUUCGUUAUCGCGCUCGCGUCCUCCAGGUGGCCCCCGGUCGCCACCACCAAAACAAGGACCUCGAGGUCCACCGAUGUCGCGUCCUCCAAUGCAAUAUAGAGGUGUGCCACCAAGCACAAUGCCCUCGUCGUCUCGUGUACGUCCGUCGACUCCUCCUCAGGUUCGCGGAGAAAAGUACAGAGAAGAAAAGCUUCGUCGCAUGAGUAGAGAACGUAGUCGUGAUAUGUUAAUUGAAAGACCACCACCAGAAAGCUCUCUACAAAUGGCUCGUGCAGCUCGUCAUUCGCCGCCGGAAGAUCCACGUUUGAAAAAUCGGCCACCAGAGCCUAUGGAACAAGUGAUUCCAAAGAAAAAAAAGAAGGACUCUAACGAUAAGUUGGUUCGUGCGCGCAUUAAGAUUGAAGGUGAAAAACGUAGUAAGAAACACGGCUCAUCAUCGGAAUCAGAUGACUCUGGAUCGGAUAGUGAGAGUUCAUUGCCAACAUUUACGGCAACAACUCGAUUGACAUUGUCAGAGAGAUUUGGUAAAAUGGCUCAAUGGAGUAUUGAUCGUAGCAAUAUGGAAAAUAUGCGCAUCACAAAAGAUUCAACUGGUGGGGCGCUGAAGGUGAUGAUCGAAGAAGGACUGGAGUCUCCGCCGCGUCGGUAUUCGUAUUCUCCAGCUCCGGCUGGCCAUUUUCCCGAGGAAUUGGCCACAACCGCGCCGUCGGGUAUGUUAUCGUGGGAUGAUGUACGCGUUCGCUAUGAAUAUUACAAGAAUCGUGGAUAUCUUCGUGAUUUAGAUUUAAAGGACUAUAUAAAAUGGGAAGAAUGGUGGUACAAGUACCAAGAAUGGUUGAAACAAGAACGUUACUACGAGUUCUGGGAAAGACAACAAAUGCAUAGGCGUCGCCGCAAGAAAAUUCCCAUUGCUCAGCGAUUAAAUUGAACUAACUUUAAAAAGUUAAAAAAAAAACGGAACAAAACAAAAAACUCAAUCUAAAUAAAUAUUAAAAUUCGGAAUUUAAGUACAUAAUUUACAAUGAUGGCUCACCUCUUAUGUAACUUUAGCAUCAACAAAAACAACAACAAAAAAAUAACGACAAAAAAAAACAACCAUUUCCCUGCGUAAAAUUCAACCAAAAAAAUACUUUAUUUUUUUAUUAUAGGUUAUUUAGUAAACAUUUAAGCUUUUUCGAUAUGGAUUUUACGCAGUAGAAAAACACCACACAUACAUACAUACAAUUGAAAUAUCAUUUUUUUGUUUUUGUUAACAAAAUUAACAUAAAAGUGAUUCAUAUACAUUUUUUUGCAUUCACAUUAAAAAUACAUUAUUAUUAUUAUAAAUUAAUUUGGUAAUUAGAUUAUCCAAAAAAACAAGAAAAUAACUAAAUGUAAAUUAGUGUGUAGCUAGCAAACAACUGCUAAAAUAUAAAUGUUUAUGUUUUAAAUGUAUGCAUUUGUCGGACCCAAACACAAUCAUGUAACAUUUCAUUAACCUAAAA